UUUAAAUCCUUACCCUUUAACAUUAUCAAAGUUGGAGGAAAAAAUGGGAAAACAGAUUGUACUUGGACACAAAAGUCCCUCGAUUGCUGCCCAAAAGAGACAACACAUACAAAGUUAAAGCUUGUCUCACCACUCACCCCGCCGCAUUUAUAAACACCCCUCCCAUCCACCCAACAAACAUUCCCUCAUAAGCCAACAUCAUCCUCUCCAUCGACUGGUCGAGGAGAGCUUUCACUUAGCCAAAAAAAAGAAAGAACAAAAAUGGCGUCCCUAUUCCUCCUCCUCACACUCCUCUCCCUCCCACUCUUCCUCAUCCUCAUCCGCCGCAGCCGGCCCAAGCUCCGCCUCCCGCCGGGCCCCAAGCCCAUACCCAUCAUCGGCAACCUGCACAUGCUCGACACCUCCCAGCCUCAGCGCCAGUUCUACGAACUGGCGCAGCAGUACGGGCCCCUGAUGUCCCUGCGAUUAGGGUUCGUGCAGGGGCUCGUGGUCUCCUCGGCCAAGAUGGCCAAGGAGGUCAUGAAGUACCAUGACCUCGAGUUCUGCAGCCGCCCCAAUCUCUUGGGGCAGCGCAAGCUCUCGUACGACGGGUUCGACGUCGUUUUCGCUCCCUACAAUGACUACUGGCGCGAGAUGCGCAAGAUUUGCACCCUCCACCUCUUCAACUUCCGCCGCGUCCAGAGCUUCCGGCCCGUUAGAGAGGAAGAAGUGUCGCGGCUCAUGAAAAAGGUGACGAGCAACGUGGAGAGCGGGAAGCCGUUGGAUAUAAACGAGAUGAUGAUGUCGCUGACGAUCUCGAUCAUCUGCCGGAUAUCGCUGGGGAAGAAGUACGACGACGAGGCCAAGGAGCGGCAGCAUUUGAUCGGCAUGCUGAUGGAGUCGCAGGCCAUGUUCGGCAACUUCUUCUACGGCGACUACUUCCCCGGGAUGCGGUGGCUGGACAAGCUCAACGGCAUGGUGGACCGGCUGAACCGGAACUUCAGGGACCUCGAUACCUUCUACCAGGAGGUCAUUGACCAGCACCGCGACCCAAACCGGCCCAAACCCGAAAGAGAAGACAUCAUUGAUGUCCUUUUGAGGAUCAAGGAAGAGAGGGGUUCUUCCAUUGACCUUAAUUGGGAUCACAUCAAGGGCGUUCUCAUGAACGUAUUCGUCGCCGGGACAGAUACCAGUGCAGCAACAGUGAUAUGGGCCAUGACCUUCCUAAUCACCAACCAACCAGCCCUGAAAAAGGCCCAACAAGAAAUCCGGGCCCUUGUCGGCACCAAGGGGUUCGUCGACGAGGACGACGUCCAGGAGCUCCCUUACCUCAAGGCAAUCGUCAAAGAAACAUUCCGGCUGCAGCCGGCGGUGCCGCUACUGGUCCCUAGGGAGACGGUGCAGGACUCCCAAAUCGGCGGCUACGACAUCCCGGCGAAGACCGUGGUCUUCGUCAACGCGUGGGCCAUCGGGCGGGACCCGGAAGCCUGGGCCCGGCCCGACGACUUCUACCCGGAGAGGUUUUUAGGCAGUGAGGUUGACUUCAAGGGGGUUGACUUCGAGCUCGUCCCUUUCGGGGCGGGUCGCAGGGGCUGCCCCGGGAUCCACAUGGGCGUUGCCACGGUGGACCUCGCGCUGGCGAAUUUGCUGUACGGGUUCGACUGGGAGCUGCCACAUGGCCCUGAGAGGGAGGACGUGGACUUCGACGUGCUCCCGGGGAUUACUAUGCAUAAGAAGAAUCAUCUCUGGCUCGUGCCCAAGAUUCCGGCUGCUUAAUUAAGAUGAUAAACGUGUUAUACAUGUUUUAUACGUGAUGAUAUAUAGUCAAACAUCGUCAUUCAAUAUGAUGGUCAAGUGACAAUCCUUGUUCGUUACUAAAUGUUUAUGGUUUUAUUGUUGUACUUUUGUUUUCCCCUCCUCUUGAAAACAAAGCAACUACUGAUACAUAGUAUAUACUAUAUAGUCUUAAUUGCCUCUCCUAUAUACAAACCGUUAUAUGUAGUUUCCACUUGCUUUUGUGUUUCGAAUAAGAGAUAGGGCCGUGUUGUUGCGAUUGAAAAUCUUCUUAUAGUGAAAGUUUUCAUUUAUCGAGUUUGAAUUUUCUAUUCCUGUUCAUGUAGUUAAUUUUCUUUGAUUAAUCUGUUACGAUAGCUAAUAUAGUAGAUUGUAGUAGUGUUUUUGGUUAACAGUUAAGUGGUACUAAUUAGGCUUAAAUAGUUAAGUGGUACUAAUUUUAUGUUCGCACAAUCAUGUUAGUGGUGUUCAUGGUGGAGCCUCCUUGCACUAGGGUGGGUUCGUGAACUCAUCUUGGUUCUAGAUUAUGACGCAAAAAAAUAACAAUGCUUAUACAAAAUGUUUUGAAAGUCGAAUCAGGCCAGCCGGUUCGGUCAGUAGAAAUGGGAUUUUGUGGCCAGAUUGGUUCAAAGAGCUUAUAUAACCGUAUAAUUUGAGUCGGUUGUCCGGAAAUCAAUUAGAGUUGUCAACCGUUCGGGCCAGAUGAACCGGCCGGCUGGUUCAAUGCUUUCAUCCUCCAUGAUAUUAAAAUGCUUGUAUGAAUGGAAUUCGAAUUCAUGUCCUUUCACCAAGGAUGCAAGUUGUUCACCACUUGUGCUACAAAUAUUUGGUUCCGUUAGGCAAAUAAAUCAAAGUAUUUAUUGAGAAUAUGCAAAUGUACUUAACUCAAAUCACUUUUUGUUUAAAAAAAUUACUAACACAGAGUUACUUCCUAAAAUUUCGUAGGAAUAUAAUAAUAAAUAACCCCUUAUUUUUAUUUUAAAACAUAUUAAUGUUUAAAUUUUAGAACUUUGAUUCGUCUUUGGAGUAAUAUAUUAUAUUUUAAAUUUAUGGUUUAGUGUCUUAUUAUAAUUUAUGUGUUUCUUACUAUAAAUUUAUGGUUUAAAAAUUAAAUUAAAAUCUUUACAUUUGCUUAGAUAUUAACAAUAGAUGUUUCUACAAUACAUCCAUGAAUCCAUAUGUAUGCGAAAUGUCAUAAUGGUUUUAUGAAUUAAAAAAAAAAUCAAACUUUUAAAAAAUCAUAAAUUAAUUGUUCAAACGAUACGCCAUUUUAAAUGCACCUAAAGUCAGUGUGCAUUGUAGACGGGCUUUAUCAAUUAUUAAGAUAAGUAAUAUAAAUUUUGUUCCAGAAAUGAUUCAUGAAACGUAUCGUACCGGCGGUUCUACCAGAAAAUACUAUUAUCGGAGGUUAAACCGAUACACGGCAAUAACUGUAGAACUGUGGUUAAACCACAAUUUGCCAUAAAACACCUUACCACUUACUUUUCCGGUACGAUGUCUAGUACGGUUUCAUGAACCAAACACCAAAGAUAGAAAAAAUUUUACAAAUGCACAUUAAAAAGUUGAAAAUAUAUACACUAAAUGACCAUGUCAAGACAAGAACCUUGAUAGUGCAUGUGAGUGUCUUGGGUUGAGAUUCUAAACCAAUAUGUAGACAACAACCAUGGGUUCAGGUUUAAUCCAAAUUUCAAGAAUUGGUGAUUGUUACAUAUUGUAUAAGAUACUAAAUUUGAGUGUCUUGA